CAACCCGGAAGAUCUGUCCAUUUCAGGCGCGGAACAUCCGGAAGUAGUACUGCCCCACACGCGAGAAGCAAUCGUUCCACUUACGGAGGAAGUCGAAACGCGAGGACUGCAAUUUGGCUGAACAUUAGCAAUCAUGAGUUUGUUAACCAAGCCCAAGUCAGAAAUGAGCCCAGAAGAGCUCCAGAAACGUGAAGAGGAGGAAUUCAACACAGGCCCCCUGUCUGUGCUAACCCAGUCAGUCAAGAACAACACACAAGUCCUCAUCAACUGUCGCAACAACAAAAAGUUGCUUGGGAGAGUCAAAGCUUUUGACAGGCAUUGCAACAUGGUCUUAGAGAAUGUGAAGGAGAUGUGGACUGAAGUUCCCAAGAGUGGCAAAGGAAAGAAAAAGUCGAAACCGGUGAAUAAGGAUCGCUACAUCUCUAAAAUGUUUCUUAGAGGGGACUCUGUUAUUGUUGUGCUGAGAAAUCCUCUCAUCACAGGCAAGUGAACUUAAUGGCAUCCUGUGGAUUGUCCCAGGUCUGUCUCUAUCCUUUUUUUCAUGGAAACCUUUGUUGUUGUUGUUUAUUGUUUCCUACUUGUAAGACCAAAUGUCCAAAGAAAAUAGGGCUUUGAUUUAUUUACAGAAGGCUUCUGUAUUUUGCAUUUUAAUAAAAAAUGUCAUCGUAGCUCCAAUUGUCCAAGGUUUUGUAUUUUUGAAUUUUGUUUCCUUUAAUUUCCAUCAUAAAUUCUGAGGGACAUACUAUAUUCAAAAGUAGUUUCAUUUUAGGACCGCUACUUCUUCGUCUACAUUGCACAUUACAUCACAUUGUGCAUCAAAGAGAGCAAUGACCCUCCCACAGUCACCAUUUCCCUCUCCCCAGAUGGAAUCAUACGCGUCAGAUCCCUCUUUCUGUAUUCUCCCAUCUUGUAAAAUGCAUACUCCACACAGGAGAUCUUCGACCAUUCCUCUUUGCACAGUCGCUCAAAAUCAUCCAACAAUCUGGGUCCUGUCUUCUGCACUCUCCUCUUCAGCUCACUUCAAGGUUUUCAAUGGGGUUGAGGUCUAGGAACUGAGAUGGACAUGGGAGGAGCUUAAUUCUGUGGUGAACCGUUUCUCCAAUUUUCAGCAUGACAGAAUUUUUAUGCAAUAAAGAAUUUAAUUUAUUUAAAGGCUUUUACAACAUCUUAACUCGGGUGCCAAUAAUUAAGCGGGCGCUUUCAGUACAAUGCUCAAACAACUUAACCUUCCUUCUUUUGUUGUUAAUAAAUACAUUUAAAAUGAAUCCCCGGAGCUCAUGUUUUAUAUUAAUUGACCAAGAUGAAAAUAACGGACAUUUUCUCUACUAUUCAAACCGAAUUUCAAUGAAAUUGAGACAUGUUAAAGAAAAUACGAUUUGCAAAUCAUCGGGUCUCUUCUGUGGACACACCCACACCGUCUGAAAUUUGGGAGAAGCCAAGAAGGUCUCUAUUUUGGAUUGUAUGAACUUUGUCAAAUGUACUGUAUGUGUAACAUACAGCACAUUUUCCAAGAUUUUGGAGCCUCGUUUAAUAUACUUGCCAAUUUUCUUUUAUUAAAUUAUAAAUGUUAAUAAUUAUUAUUAUUACUCAUUCAAGUUUGGAAGGCUUGUUAACAUAUUCUUCUCUGCUAUGUGAAAAUUGUAUUUUUUUAUAUGACUUAUCUAAUAUUUUCAUUGCCCACAGUCGUAAUUGAUUCUCAACUGAUUUCUCGAGGUCUCUUUUCAAAUGUCUCUUUUGUUUCUCUUCAGAUUUUGGGUGGUGAGCAUCUCUGAGCAGGAAGGCAAAUGUUUUUUUUUUUAGUAGGUAAGCGAUAAGAAGGAGGAGGAAGUGUGAUUAUGAUAGCAAUCGGUCAGGCAUCAAUGCCCGAGCAAUGUGAGAUCCCACCAGGGAUGAUGGUCGCUGCAACCCGACCCGCUACUGUACUUUGUUCCCAAGCAGAACUACGGCCCAAGUGUAGGGGCCACCAGAAGGAAGAGGGGAGUAUGUGUCAACAAACAAAUGGCAUAUACAGCAAACACACAAAUGCAUGUAGGCCUAUUUACAUACAUAAGGGAGUGGACUGUACAAUAUUGUACUGUUUUAGGAGCUAUUUCUCACCUUUUAAUGUAGGUUUUCAGACACGGUUGUGAAAUUAAAGUGCAAAACCUAACCAUUGGUUAGUAAGUGAUGCAUAGCAAGUCUGCAAACGCCUGUCAACGCUUUACUUUGUACUCACACUUAGACAAGAUGUCAUAAUUGUCUUCAUUGUGAAUAAUAAUUAUCAAUCAAAAUGUAUUCAUGUCCAUGUUAUUGUUUUGUUGUUGUAAUGUUAAAUAUAAUUGAGGAUCGAAAAGGA